CUACAGGGCAGGAGGGGCAUGUUCUCAUCAGCAUGAGGGAGUGCCUUUCCAUCCACAUCGGUCAAGCUGGCAUCCAGAUUGGGGACGCUUGCUGGGAACUCUAUUGCCUGGAACAUGGAAUCCAGCCAAACGGCGUUGUUCUUGACAGUCAACAGGAUCAGCUGGAAAAUGCAAAAAUGGAGCACACAAAUGCAUCUUUCGAUACCUUCUUCUGUGAGACAAGAGCUGGGAAGCACGUGCCUAGAGCACUCUUUGUGGACUUGGAACCAACUGUUAUAGAUGGGAUCCGGACGGGCCAGCACCGUUCACUCUUCCACCCCGAGCAGCUCCUUAGCGGAAAGGAGGGUGCUGCCAACAACUACGCGCGAGGCCGUUACUCUGUGGGCUCGGAGGUCAUCGACCUUGUGCUGGAGGGGACCCGGAAGCUGGCAGAACAGUGUGGUGGACUUCAGGGAUUUUUGAUUUUCCGAAGCUUUGGAGGAGGCACUGGUUCAGGGUUUACGUCUCUCUUAAUGGAGAGGCUCACAGGAGAAUAUAGCAGAAAGACUAAGCUGGAGUUCUCGGUCUACCCAGCCCCCAGGAUCUCCACUGCCGUGGUAGAGCCUUAUAACUCUGUCCUCACCACCCACUCCACCACAGAGUAUAUGGACUGUACCUUCAUGGUGGACAACGAGGCCGUCUAUGAUAUAUGCCAUCGUAAACUCGGUGUUGAAUGCCCCUCUUAUGCCAACAUAAAUAGAUUGAUGGUUCAGGUGGUCUCUUCCAUCACUGCCUCCCUCCGGUUUGAAGGGCCCUUGAAUGUGGACCUAAUUGAAUUCCAGACCAACCUGGUACCUUAUCCAAGAAUACAUUUCCCCACGACAGCCUUUGCCCCCAUCGUCUCUGCUGACAAAGCCUAUCAUGAGCAGUUCUCCGUGUCAGACAUCACCACUGCCUGCUUUGAGUCCUCCAACCAACUGGUCAAGUGCGAUCCUCAGCUUGGGAAGUACAUGGCCUGCUGCCUACUCUACAGAGGGGAUGUGGUCCCUAAGGAAGUGAAUGCAGCAAUCGCAGCCACGAAGUCGAGGCGCUCUGUUCAGUUUGUAGAUUGGUGUCCAACUGGUUUCAAGGUGGGCAUCAACAAUCGGCCACCCACGGUGAUGCCAGGUGGGGACCUGGCCAAAGUCCACCGGUCCAUCUGCAUGCUGAGCAACACCACAGCGAUCGUGGAGGCCUGGGCCCGCCUGGACCACAAGUUUGACCUCAUGUACGCCAAGAGAGCAUUUCUGCACUGGUACAUCAGAGAAGGCAUGGAAGAAGCAGAGUUCUUGGAGGCCAGGGAAGAUCUGGCAGCCCUGGAGAGGGAUUAUGAGGAAGUGGGGCAAAGUUUCUGAGCAUGUAUGAUGGGUGCAAAUGAAUGUCAAGUUAAAAUGGCAUGUGUUCUUUUCGAGCCGUGAUAUGCCUAGUGGGUAGUUCCCCUGAUGAGAAGAAAAAUGAACUCAAAUCAGGCAAGACUGUAGGUUCCACACUAAAUUAAGUGGGUCAGUACCAACAACGAACGCAUUAUUUCCUGGUCUACUGGUACAAGUCAGCUCUGCUGCCUGGGAGCCUUUGGAAGCUUAGAGUCCUUUGAACUGCUGGGUCACUUCUAGGUGGGAUUUUUUUGUUUCACCAAGAGACAAUGAAAUCCUAAAGUUUAUGCUUUUCCUUUCUGGUACCUGAAGUAGAAAACAGCACAUAUUGAUUACGAAUGUUUUUUCCCCCAUAUCUAUAUUUUUUACACUGAUUAAAUCAUAAAUAUUUUCAGUAUGA